UUAGUUCGUAAACUCUAAUCUAUCUGCACACAGCAGCCCCAUAGAGAGAGAGAGGACGAAAAAUGGCGACGAUAACUCGGCUGCAACUCCGCCUGCAGCUCCUCCAUACUCCGGCGACUCUCAAACCCUCCAUUCUCUUACCAAAUGUUCCUCGCUUGUCUCCCUCUUCCUUCAAUUUCAAGUCCACUCGCAGUUUCUCCACCACGCCUCUUCUCUGCUCCGUCUCCGAUCAUGUCCCCGAGAGUUCUGGAAAUGGAGCGAGUGCGUCGAUUGUUGGGGAUUUACUGGACUAUCUCAACGAGUCAUGGACUCAGUUUCACGCCACUGCUGAAGCAAAACGACACCUAGUUGCUGCUGGUUUCCAUCUAUUGAAUGAGAACGAUGAAUGGGACCUAAAACCCGGCGGUCGCUAUUUCUUUACACGAAAUAUGUCUUCUUUGAUUGCAUUUGCUGUGGGAGACAAAUACGUGGUUGGAAAUGGCUUUCACGUGAUUGCUGCACACACAGAUAGUCCAUGCCUAAAAUUGAAACCCAAAUCCGCAUCAUCAAAGGCUGGCUAUCUCAUGGUCAACGUGCAAACCUAUGGAGGUGGUUUAUGGUAUACUUGGUUCGACAGAGAUUUAACCGUGGCAGGAAGAGUCAUAGUGAGAAGCAAAGACGGUUCCUUUUUGCACAAGCUUGUGAAAGUAAAGAAGCCUCUGUUGCGGAUACCAACGCUUGCCAUUCAUCUUGACCGCACUGUGAACAAGGAUGGAUUUAAACCAAAUCUAGAGACUCAUCUCAUUCCAUUACUUGCAUCAAAAUUAGAGGAAACAUCUCUCGAGUCAAAAGAUAAAAGUACGACAAUGUCCUCGAAAGAUAAUCAUCAUCCAUUGCUUAUGCAGGUUUUGUCAGAUGAACUCAGUUGUGACAUUGAGGACAUAGUGGACAUUGAGUUGAAUGUUUGUGAUACUCAACCCAGCUGCCUAGGAGGCGGAAACAAUGAAUUUAUUUUUUCGGGGAGACUAGAUAAUCUUGCUUCAAGUUAUUGUGCGUUAAGGGCUCUCAUUGACUCUUCUAAAUCCGAUAGUGAUUUGUCAAGUGAACAUGCAAUCCGGAUGGUUGCUUUAUUUGAUAAUGAGGAGGUCGGUUCAGGUUCUGUUCAGGGGGCUGGUGCUCCGACCAUGUUUCAGGCCAUAAGACGCAUAAGUAGUUGCUUAGCUGAUAAAUAUGCUGGUGAAGGUGCUUAUGAGCGAGCUAUUCGCCAAUCAUUUCUUGUUUCUGCAGACAUGGCUCAUGGAGUUCACCCAAAUUUUGUGGAUAGGCAUGAAGAACACCACCGACCUGUGAUGCAAAAGGGACUUGUUAUCAAGCACAAUGCUAACCAGCGGUAUGCUACUAGUGGAGUCACGUCCUUUCUCUUCAAAGAAGUCGGAAGAAUUCAUAAUCUUCCAACUCAGGAAUUUGUGGUGAGAAAUGAUAUGGGAUGUGGAUCAACAAUAGGUCCUAUUCUUGCUUCCGGGGUUGGCAUCCGUACUGUUGAUUGUGGCAUUCCUCAACUUUCCAUGCACAGUGUAAGAGAGAUAUGUGGGAAGGAAGAUAUCGACAUUGCUUACCAGCAUUUCAAGGCAUUCUACAAAACUUUCUCCAGUGUUGACAUGAAGCUAAGUAUAGACUCGUAAGCUGCUGUUCAGCCUUUCUGAGGUAAUGAAUACUCAGGUUGAGGCAAAAAUACAAUCACUUCUAUGAUCAUGGUUUGCUCAAAUUGAUCAAACCUGAGGAGGAAGUGGAGCUAAAAUCACUCUCAGUGUUGGGGUUCUGACCGGUGUUUGAUCUGGAGAGUUUCCGCUUCAGCUCAGUCAGCAAAGCUUGAUUCUCCUUGUUAAGUCUUUGUGCUUUCUUCCUUAACUUUUCAUUUUGUUGGAUAAUGUAGCAGUUCUGCAAAUAUAGCUCCGAGUUCAGCUUCUCCAUCCUAGACUAGUUUGUGUUGCACCUGAUAUUUUGUAACAGAAUAAUGUUUUCAAAUAAAAAUCAUUUGUUGAUGCCAUGAAACUAUGGUAGUA